UCUAUUUAUCUCUUUCCGUCCUGGUACUAAAGGCGAUCAGCGUAGGUAUGUAGAAUAGAAUCUAGAAAAUGCACGGAGCAUUAUGAUAGGCUAUUAGCCUAUUGACCAUAUUGAAUCUUAUGACACUAUAUUUUGUUACAAAUAUGAGAAGUUUUAGAGAAAAGUCGUAGUUUUGACUAAUUAAAAAGCCCUAAAACGGACCAAUUUUCUUCUUAAAGAUUCAGUUAAUAGCCAAGUUUAGCUACUCAGCGGACUGACCAUCAGGUGUGUUUUAUUACAAGCUAUUAUGAGAUCUUUGCAAUUCAACGUUUAAUCGCGAUUGUGCACCAUGAAAUAGCAGUUUUCUCUCCAAUCGCCAUGAGCUGUGAUGGAUCGAUUAGCCGAUGAACCAAAGAAAAACCUCAGGGAAGUACUAUCACAUAGCACUUAAGUUCAGAGUACUGACACACUCCUCUAUAAUCUGAGAUUUGAAUGACUGUAUGAAUAUCACAUCUCUGGAUGGAAGGACGCUAUCCCCUGCCAAUCAUACCUUCAUAUAAGAAGCCAUGUACUUUAAGUGCAUAUUUGCUUAAUGACGAAAACUCAUACCGCUUUUAUUAUCAUCUUAUUUAAACGCUAACAAGUUUUCUUAAAAAGUAGUAAAAUAAUUUUAUUGAAAUUCCUUUGCCUUCCGCCUGGCUAAGUCAAACAACCGCAAAAGAAGCCAAGUUUGGCACGUCUUUCUCUGUUAUGAAACAUUGUUGAAAAAAAGAAAUAAUAGAUUUGCAAUCAAAUAGUUGAUCACAUAUUGUGAUUGGGACACUUUCAUAUUUUCGAUGGGCUCAGGUGCGGCUUUGGAACUAUACAACCACCAAAAAAACAUUUUCUCCCCAGCUAUCUUGUAUGAUAUGUCAUUCGAUUAUAAAUUUGAUACUAGUUUGGGAUUAAUUAUUGACUUUUUGAAUAACACUGAAUGAUGGUGAAGAAAAUCGCGAAAGACAUGAAAACACGCGGCCUUGUUCUAGACGUCGAUGACACCUGUCGGGAAGGCAGAUGAAUUUGAAAACAGUGUUUGUACCAUUUUGAGGAAAACUCAUCUACUCGAUUGCAAAGUCUAGUUAAUGUACAGUCAGAGUUGGCUACAGGCUUCACGUCAAGAUAAGUGCAGCUCCACUCAAAGAAAUUCUUUUUAAGUCCAGACGUAGACUAAAUUUAGUCCAUCUUUGUAACUUGUAGAGUGAUGUCUGGACUAUCUAAAGAUGAUAAUAAAAAUCGAAAUUCGUUGUAUCUACAUGGCCUGGCAACAGCCAUGUUUUUCAAAGAUCGAUAAGGAACAUCACAUGCAUAUGGCAAUUUGAACUUGAUAUUUCCAUACAGGUCAUCUUGACUAUUGGUUAGUAAGACCACGUGCCUUUAUCUUCUUCCGCUCAAAAGUAACUCAAUAAUAACUUAUUGUAUUCUGUAUUUUAUGUUUAGUGCUGCUGAACAUGUUGAUGUGAGGCAAACACUACAAGUACAAAAUGCUGUACAAGAUCUUGAAAAUGACAAUACUGGGAAAACUGGCUGGAUUUGUAAUCGUGGUAUUGCUGCCCUCAAGAAAAAUGACGUUAAUGACAAUACAACAGUCUGCUUUUGUCCAUCAAGUUUGUAUGGUAAAUAUUGUCAGUAUUUUAGUGAUCGUAUAACCGUCAUUGUAAGCCUCGAUAAUAUUCCACAACAAUUACUGGAACAAAAAUCAACUAUUACAAUUAAAAUAUUAUGUCUAUUAUUAUUAUAUGAAGAAAUUCUCGAUUACCAUGAAUUCCAUUUACCAUUAGCAUUAACAAAUGAUCAUGAUAAAAAAUUUCGAUUCAGUUUCGUUUAUUCACGUCCAAAAGUUUCGUCGUCAAGCUACAAAGUUCGUUUUGAAGCAUAUCUGCUUAAUCAUAAAGUGUCAACGCCAACAAACAACUUUCUCGGUAUUUGGCAAUAUCCAGUUCAGUUUAAUUUCCUACCAUCAUAUCGCUUAGCAAAAAUAUUGAAAUUUGAAAACCAAGGUCUUUUAGUAAAUCACAUUUGCCAAAAAGCCAAUCCAUGUUUAAGCAAUAGUAUGUGCUAUCCACUAAUGAACAGAAUUAACGAUACAUCUGCAUAUUACUGUUAUUGCACCUUAAAUUCAUACGGUAAACAUUGCGAAUAUCUAUCGCCACUACCAAACGAUUGUUCCACGAAAGCAUUACAUCGGUCGCUUUCUCAAUUGAAAUCGAUUUGUCUGUGUUUAAUCAAUCAUUUUGGUCCAACAUGUCAUUUGAAUCAUACAUGUGUAAAUAAAAACCCAUGUGGUGGUAAUCAUCGUGGAAAGUGUCAUGUUAAUCCGGAUAAUUUGACAAGAGAUUACUUUUGUGUAUGCGAUAGAAAAUACUUCGGUGAUCAUUGUCAGUAUGAGUCAGCAACCGUGAAUAUCUUGUUCACAGAUCUUUCAUUCAUUCAAAAUCCGUCGAAUUGGAUAAUAGCAACAGUCAUCCAACUCUGUGAUCUUGAUACCGAGACACUUGACUUGAUUGUACGAGAGAAACGAGUUUAUCAAGGUGAGCCACCACUAUCAACACAAAUCGUACAUACCCACCACUAUCUACCAAUUCUGGGCAUUAUGAAACUAUACCACAAGCAAGAAUUGACAAAUGAUUUUGGAGCGAAUCUAAAGGAACCGAAAUAUUUCUUACUGUAUAUUACAUUAUCAAACACAUCAAAUAUGAAUUUAACAUCAGCGGUUCAUGUGACAAAUUAUUGUACACAUACUCAAACAGCAUUUCAAAAAAAUCUCACUAAUAUUAAUUGUUUAGCGUCCGCUUUUAUUCUAAAGGAUACAAAUUCCAGCAAUUUCAACGCUUCAAUCAUGAUUUUUAAAUAUCAUUUAUUAUGUCAUGCACCAUAUUCCCUCUUGUGUUUUCAUGACGAUAAUUACUUUUGUUUGUGUGAUAUAUAUGGCAGAGCUGAAUGUUCACGUUAUGAUAGUAGGCUAGAUGAAUGUAGUGGUGCUGGUCGAUGUCUUGCUGGUGGCCAAUGCGUGCAUGGUGAUCUGAAUGAUCCAAACGAUUUUGUUUGCCUGUGUCCACCGUGUUAUCAUGGAAGUAUUUGCCAACAUAAUACAAAAUUGUUUAG